CAGGGGAGAGAGAGAGGGAGAAGAAGGGCAGUGGGACAGAAGGGGAGACAGAGGGGAGGGCACAGGACUGGCACAGGGGCAAGGGAAGCGGAUUAUUGAACAUCACUAGAGGAGCUGAAGGAUCCCCACCAGCAGCACCCACAUCUCACCAGCAGCAGCACCCACACCCCACCACCACCAGCAGCACCCACCUCCAUGCCAAGUGCCCCCUGAUGGAUCCGACUCUCCUGCUUCUGUUGCUGGUGCCACUGGGGUCGGGGCUGGAGUUGGUGAGCAAGUUUCACUCUCCUCAUGUCACCAAUAACUUUGCGCUGAGCGGCGGGGAGGGGCUGUUGUACCUGGCGGCGGUGAAUCGCCUCUAUCAGCUCGACUGGGACCUGCGGCCGGAGCUGGAGGAUGUGACCGGUCCGGUAUUGGACUCCCCGCUGUGUCACGCUCCUCAACUGAGAGAAACCACCUGUGACUUCCCCCGGAGCCCGAGCCCUAACUACAAUAAAAUCCUAAUACCCGACCAGGAGCAGGGGCUGUUACUCACCUGCGGAUCUGUCUAUCAGGGUCUGUGCGAGCUGCGCGCCCUGCGGAACAUCACGCUCCGCGCAGUGCCAUUCCCUGUAGAUAACGCGGUGCCCAGUAUGCUCAAUGUCGCUGCUAAUCACCCGAACGCUUCUACCGUAGGACUGCUGAUCCGGGGCCCCGGCGGGGACACCAAAUUACUGGUGGGGGCCACAUACACUGGAUACUCGAGCCAGUUCUUUCCCUGGAACCAAAGCAUCGCGGACCAUCGAUUCGAAAACAGCCCGGAGAUUUCCAUCAGGGCCCUUAAUCUCACCUCCUCCGAGAAGCUUUUCACUUUUGACAUCAGUCCGUCCGAUGACAACAUAUUCAAGGUAAAGCAGAGCUUUAAGGCCAAGCACCGCCUGGGAUUUGUCAAAGCAUUUCAGCAGGGACCAUUCGCUUACCUGGCCAUGAACGUGGAACCCGCCCCUGCGGGGAAGGAGAGCCGCCCCAGUAGUGUGUUAGCGCGGAUCUGUCUGAAGUCGGAGCCUCGAGCGGAGCCGCGCAAACUCACCGAGUCCUACAUCCAACUAGGACUGCGCUGCGAAGGUCCAGGAGGGGCCCUGUUUGGCCGCCUGUUGUCAGUGUUCGCGGAGUCCGAGAGGAUAUUUGGGGUAUUCGAGGGGAAGAAGGAGGCGGCGCUCUGUACGUUCCCGCUGCGCGCUGUGGCUCAGGAGAUCCGCGGGGCGCGGAGGGGCUGCUUUGAGAGCCAGGACACCGGGGACGUGACUGUACUGGACAGUGUGGUGCAGGGGACUGGCCCCAGCUGCGAACGCAAGAACUACAGGGUCAAGCUGCAGGAGGAGCAGUUGGACUGUGGGGCGGCUCAUCUCCAACACCCACUGUCCAUCACUCGCCCUCUAUCCGCCACACCUCUCUUCCAAGGCCUGGGAUUGACUUCUGUGGCUGUGGCCAAUGUCAGCGGUUACACAGUAGCAUUCCUGGGGACUUCGAGCGGCCAUCUCAUAAAGAUUACCCUAAAUGCAGAUAUGGCAAUUAUCAGCAAACAAUCCAUUAUGAUUGCUAGGGGACAGCCGGUCCACCAUGUUAUGGAGUUUGAUCCCAUGGACCCCACGUACCUCUUCGUGAUGACAUCACAUCAGAUGACGCGAGUAAAAGUGGCAGAAUGUGACAAGUAUCAGAGUUGUACGGAGUGCCUUGCUGCAGCGGAUGCUUACUGUGGUUGGUGCACCCUGGAAGGAAGGUGUUCUCUCCAGAAAGAGUGUCAAGGUUCUGAGGAUUCGGCAUUCUGGAUGAGUCCCAACGUGGGUCAAGUGCACAUGUGCCCCGCAAUGAGCAGCAUUCCCAAUAAAACAGAUGUUUCCUCCAACACCCAGAGCAUCAUACUCCAGAUCACUGGAAAUCUCCCAAUGCUUCAGCAGAUUAAUGUGUCGUGUGACUACGGGAAUAAUAUAAUCACGCCUGCUGUUAUCUUAUUUGUUAAUGGCCAGCAAUGGGGUCACUGCCCCUUCCUUCCCAGGGACACGUUCCCACCAUUCCCACCAAGCCAAGAUUAUGUGAUGGUCGGUAUGUCGCUGUCAGUGGGAGGGAACAGCAUCAUUCAGCACAAGUUCAUCAUCUAUGACUGCAACAGGACGCAAAAAAUGCAUCCUAAGAAUGCGUGCACCAGCUGUGUGAAGUCUCGUUGGCCUUGCAGGUGGUGUGUGAGCCAACACAAGUGUGUUUCCAACGCAUCAGAAUGUGACACCAUUGCACAGAACAGCACAGAGAGCUGUCCCAGGAUAACAGCCACAAGUCUGACUCCCACGCCCACCGGAGUCACCAAGGAUUUUACGCUAACACUGGUCAACACAAAUAUUAUAGAGAGCCCAAAACUGGAAUGUGACUUUGGAACAGAACAAACUUUUCCAGCCAAAUGGUUGAACUCCUCCACGGUCGCGUGCAGCAAUGUACUGUUGCACACAUCUGAAAGAAGCCAGAGCUUCCCAAUCAACCUGCAGCUUAGUGACCAUAACGGACUGUAUCUUGACAAUCCAUCCAUGCUGUCUGUUGAAGUAUACAACUGCGCUUCCCAGACCACAGAUUGCUCCAGUUGCUUAGGUCGUGCAGACCGUGGCCACCACUGCUACUGGAGUGAAAGCAGCUUGUCAUGUCGGCUGAACAGUGAUAUACAAUCCAUUCCGUAUCCAUACACCUGUCCUGCUCCUGAUAUAAAGAAGAUCGAUCCAGUCAGCGGACCCCUGCUGGGUGGUACUCUUCUUACUAUCCAAGGACGCAACCUCGGAAGCCGAUUCAGCGAUAUCAAUGGAAAAGUCAAGAUUGGAGAAACAGAGUGCACCCCCAUACAAGAGAAAUACAUUGUGUCUGAGGAGAUUGUGUGUAUGACUGGAGAGUCUCCCGAGCUGCUCACUGACUGGGUCUCUGUAGAUGUAAAUGGAGGUGGAAGGUCCAAGGAGAAAUAUUCGUUCCAGUUGCCAGAAGUGGAAUAUUUAUCUCCAGAUUUUGGCCCUAGGUCAGGUGGAACCAGAGUAACCAUAUCUGGGACCAAGCUCAAUAUUGGUAGAGAUGUCCGAGUCCUUUUCAAUAAGACACAAGAAUGCAGAGACCUUGUACGCACACCGAGCACAAUCCAAUGUACAGUUCCAGCUACGGAAAUUCUCCCUGAUAUCAAAGUCAACAUCUGUGUCCAGUUUGAGAGAAAAUCUUGUGUAAAGGAAGAACUCUUUUUCAAGUAUCAAGAGAACCCGAUGAUCAAGAGCAUGGAUCCAAGGAGCAGCCCAAUCAGUGGUGGCCGGAUCAUCACUGUGACUGGUGAAAGAUUUGAUAUGGUGCAGUCUAUGAUGAUAGAAAUUCAGAACGAAAAAGGAAGGCGAACGAACUGCACAGUCUUAAACCCAACUAUAAUCACUUGCCCCUCUCCUACAGCCCCCAACAGCACCAUGGAGAACAAGAAUGUCACCCUGAACUUUUACAUUAAUGGGGUGCAAGUGGCUCUUGGGGAGGAUUUUUCUGAUGAGGAAGACCUGCACAGCUUUAACCAUUUCAGCCUGGAGUAUCAGCCGGACCCAAUGUUCUACACAGCCAAGAAGGAAAAGCUGAUCAAGCAUCAUGUGGGGGAACCACUGACUCUGGUUAUACAUAAAGAGCCAGACAACCUUGGACUGAGAGUAGAUGAAUAUCAGGUGAAGGUCGGACAGAUUCCGUGCGAGUCGAUCUUUAUCUUUAAUGACAAGGUCAUACACUGCAGCAUCAAUGAGUCUUUGAGCUCCACUCAGCGCUAUCUACCUGUGACGAUACAAGUUGGUAAAUUCAAUCAGACUAUCACCACUCUGCACCUGGCCGGGAUAGACACGUCAAUCAUCAUCUCCAUAGUCAUCUGCAGUAUAUUGUUACUCCUGUCCGUGGUCGCUCUGUUUGUUUUCUGCACCAAGAGUCGUAGAGCUGAGCGAUAUUGGCAGAAAACCCUAGUUCAGAUGGAGGAGAUGGAAUCUCAGAUCCGAGAGGAAAUCCGUAAAGGAUUUGCUGAGCUACAGACAGACAUGACAGACCUAACCAAGGAAUUAAAUCGCAGCCAAGGAAUCCCCUUCCUAGAAUACAGGCAUUUUGUCACACGCACUUUCUUCCCAAAGUGUUCAUCUCUGUAUGAAGAGCGCUACAUCCUACCCACACAGAACUUUAACACCCAGCUCGGCUUCCAGGUGCCAGAGACACACCCACUGCUAUGUGGAGAGUGGAAGGUUCCAGAGAACUGCCGGACAAACAUGGAGGAAGGAAUUACCCUACUGUCUACCCUGCUUAGCAACAGGCACUUCCUGAUCACCUUCAUCCAUGCUGUAGAGUUUCAGAAGGACUUUGCUAUCCGAGACAGAUGCAACUUGGCUUCUCUGCUCACCAUUGCUCUUCAUGGGAAGCUGGAGUAUUAUACAAGUAUUAUGAAGGAUCUUCUAGUGGAUCUCAUUGACUCUUCAGCCUCCAAAAACCCCAAACUCAUGUUGCGUAGAACGGAGUCUGUAGUCGAGAAGAUGCUCACCAACUGGAUGUCCAUCUGCAUGUACAGCUGUCUCAGGGAAACGGUGGGAGAGCCAUUUUUCUUACUGCUCUGUGCCAUAAAGCAGCAAAUCAAUAAGGGAUCCAUUGACGCCAUCACUGGGAAGGCCAGAUACACACUGAACGAGGAGUGGCUGCUCAGAGAGAACAUUGAGGCCAAGGCUAUGAACCUCAAUGUGUCUUUCCAAGGCUGUGGCAUGGACUCCCUGAGCGUGCGUGUGUUGGACACAGACUCCGUAAGCCAGUGCAAGGAGAAGAUCCUGGAGGCUUUCUGCAAGAAUCUGCCCUUCUCACAGUGGCCUAGAGUUGAGGAUGUGGAUUUGGAAUGGUUUGCCUGCAGCUCAAAGAGUUACAUCCUGAAAGACCUUGAUGACUCAUCACUCAUGGAAGAUGGGAAGAAGAAGCUGAAUACAUUAGCACACUACAAGGUCUACGAUGCAGCCUCCCUGGCAAUGAGCCUGAAGGACAAACGAGAUGACACCUUAGGCAGAGUGAAGGAUUUGGACACCGACAAGUAUUUUCAUUUAGUUCUCCCUACUGAUGACUUAGCAGAAAUGAAAAGGUCUCACAGACAAAGCCACAGGAAGAAGGUUCUGCCUGAGAUCUACUUGACCCGGCUCCUGUCUACAAAGGGCACGCUGCAGAAAUUCCUAGAUGACCUGUUCAGAGCCAUCCUGAGCAUCCAUGAGGAUCGACCCCCACUAGCUAUCAAGUACUUCUUUGAUUUCCUGGAGGAGCAGGCUGAAAAGCGAGGCAUAUCUGACCCGGACACGCUACACAUCUGGAAAACUAACAGCCUUCCUCUGCGAUUCUGGGUGAACAUUCUGAAGAACCCGGAGUUUGUGUUCGACAUGGAGAAAUCUGAUCAUAUGGAUGCCUGCCUGUCAGUCAUUGCUCAAGCGUUCAUUGAUGCCUGCUCCAUCUCUGAUAUGCAGCUGGGCAAGGAUUCUCCUACCAACAAGCUGCUGUAUGCAAAGGAGAUCCCAGAAUACCGGAAAAUUGUGCAGCGAUAUUACCAGAAGCUUAAGGAGAUGAGUCCACUGAGCGAGCAAGAAAUGAAUGCGCAUCUUGCCGAGGAGUCACGGAAAUAUCGGAAUAAAUUUAACACCAACGUUGCAAUGGCUGAAAUCUAUAAAUAUGCCAAGAAAUACAGAACACAGAUUGUCGCAGCCUUGGAAGCAAAUCCCAUCACAAAAAGAGGGCAACUGCAACAUAAAUUUGAUCAGGUGAUUGUGCUGAUGGAGGAUGAUAUUUACACAUGUAUCAGUGAGGCAUAAGGGAUAGGCAAAUAAGGACCAACUUCAACCCACUGAAAUCUUACAAGGACGGCCCAAAUGCCUUCAGGAACCUGAGAUGAUUGAAGUUCCCUUCCUCUCAGCAUUUGAUUUAGGGAGCAUUCCUCUGAAAGACAUUAGAGCCUAGAAGCAAGACCUUGGAUCAUGUUCUUAAUGUCAAGAUCCCACUAAGGGAAGAAUUCUUUUUUUUUUUAAGGAAUUCAUGUGCUGCUUUUACCGGACACUAUGUGGAACAGGACUCCCAAGACACCCACCGAAGGUUCUGGUAAAGCCCAUGCUAAUGUACCUUCAUCAGGAUUGAGGCCAUGAGCCACCAGCACUUCCUAAUUGCUUUCCAGCACUUCCUUCUCUCAGACAUUGGACAGGAUGACCCAAACUCUGUCCUUCUCUUAAGAUAAGCUGUUUUGUUGCCAAACCAAGUCAUCUUCAAGUUUCUGUUUAAUCUGUUAAACCAACUAUCAAGUAACCUUCCUCUGUUGCUCAUGGGAUCUUCAUACUGAAUGAAUAGCAAGCUCAUUGUACUGUAAAUAUAACAGAUGCCCUAUUUAAAGAUGUUAGAAAAAAAAAAAGAGUACCACUACAGACUGUCUGGACACAGCACUGCACAGGGUACAACCACUUCCUAGAACUAUCAUUACUGUAUCCAUGCUCAGACCGGCAUCCAUUGCAGAUACUUGAUAGCACGUCACACAUGGGCCAAACACCCAUGAACUGUGAGUGCCUUAUUGAUAGAAUUCUCAGGACUAAAAUAAGGGAUACCUGGUGCUUUGUUUUCUAGAAGUUAGAGAACAAGAGAAGUCCACAUGGAACCAUAACCUGCUCCCUUGAUCUCCAUUCCAAACAACUGAAACCUUCUAAGCACUGCAGAUAGAGGAUCAUUCUGAAUUUCUAUGGUUAACAUUUGGUUUAAGGAGCACUUGCUGAAUUAUAGGCCCCUUCCACUGUAAUGUGAAUUAACCAGAAAAGCACGAGUAAUUGUCAAAAAGUCAGUUUCACCAGUUUUUGUCUAUUUUCUAGCGAAGCCUUCCGCUUACUCCUUCCAAUGAUCCUGCAUCUGUGCUGAUUUUUUAUGAUUUUCACUACAGAUGAAUAAUCAUUUUUGUCUGAUUACGCCUUGCAGCUGAUUAUUAAACUGGUGAUUUCACAAAUUUAUAUCAUCCCUAGGCCUGGGAAUAAGAGAUAUAUUAAAAAGGAUAGCUGGCUAUCAACAACCUUAUUGCCAUUAAUGGCGGAACCAACUUUAGAGGAGAGCUUUAAAACAUAUUGUAUAAAAUAUAUUUCACAAACGAUCCAGAUAUGAGAAUUAUGUGAAUAUCUGCUGAGCAGAGCGAUUACUUACAAAUGGAUCAGUGUAGCAAAAGGCAAAGAAAAAAAAAAAGUUUCUGGGAAACCUUAAACAAUAAGAGAGUGACCCGACCACACUGGAGAUUUUAAGUUCUGAAAGAUUUUAUUUUUGGCCACGGUCCUCCCAGAGAAUUUUGUGCUUUUGACAAUCUCACUAAGAACUUCCCCUGUUGAGUUAGACUGGAAGGGCACAGCGGGUCUGGAAUUCAGAACAAAACCCAGUUGCUGCCUCCUCGGUGCAUCUCACAGGCAGAGGAGGACACUGUAUAAAAGUGUAAAUAGUUAAAUUCUUCUUACUUCUAUUGUGAAAUCCUUUUAAUUGAAUCUUUUUAAUAAAAAUGAAUAUUUAUAGCCUUA